AUGAACACUGAUGCAUUUUCAACUCUGUAUGACUUGAUGGAACAAAGGUUGAGAAAGCAAACAAUAAAUUUUCGAGAACCGCUUGAUCCAGAAUUAAAAUUAGCAUUUGUUUUAUGGUUUCUUGGACAUGGAGGGAACGUAAAGCAGGCUGCAUUAAUGUUUCACAUUGGAACUUCUACUGCGUACCAAUUACUUAAAGAUAUUUGCGUCAAUUUGGUUCAUGUUUUAAAUCCACUGUAUGUUCCAAAGCCAACUAGAGCAAAAUGGAUUGAGAUAGCUAAUUUAUACGAACAAUUGUUGAAUUUUCCCAAUUGUAUUGGAGCUUUAGAUGGCAAGCAUAUCGACAUUGAACAACCUGCAUCAGCUGGCAGUUCUCUAAAUGAUGCCAGUGUAUUCUCUGAUACAGAUUUUGCUUCUCAAUUAGCAAAUGACGAGUUAGAUAUUCCUCCAUCAAGGCCACUACCGAACACAGAUAUAGAAAUGCCUUUCAUGUUUAUAGCCGAUGAAAUUUUUGCAUUGAGCAAACAUCUUAUGAAGUCUUUUAGUAAAUCUGGAGAAUUGAGAGUAGAAGAAAAGAAAUUAAAAUUUGAUUUAACAACUAGUCAUUUUAUAGUCGCUGCAAUCAUAUGUUUGCAUAAUUUCCUGAUUACAAGUGCAGAGUACAAUAUGGAUGAUGUAAAUGAAGAAGUUGUAGAAGGUAAUAAUCAGAACGAAGAGAAUCAGAAUCUGUGA